UAUAUUAUGUGUGCAUGGCAUAAGCUUCCUUUAUCUACUCGUAAAGACAAGUAGACUCCUUUCGGGCUUUCUCAGAAGUUGGUAAUUCUUGAGUAAUUUCGCUUUUGCCCCGUUUCGCUGACUCUAGUCUGAACAAUGUUCAGCUCUCGAGCGGUGAUCCUCUGCUUGACCUUUGCAAUGGCUUGGAAAUCCAACUUUGUACCCAUCACAGGAGCCAGAUAAGCCGGCCUAGUAACGAUGUCCCUGAGCAAGUAGCGAUGCGAGAUUUGUAUUUAAGGGCAGCAAGGCCAAUACUCUAGGAAACUUCCUCUCAUCAUCUCUACCAGCCACUUCUUUCACGCUUGUUUUCCACGGACCAACAACAUGCUUCGGACAAUUUUCAGUGCGGCCCUCGUAGUCGCUGGCUCUUGUGCCUAUGACACUCUGGUCAAGUUUGACGGAGCACCCAUCCAGGAGAAUCGAACAAUUGAAGCAAUCUAUCAUGCUGCUCUGGAGGAGGGCGGGAUAGUCACUUGCUGGCAUGGCGGCGAUGAAACCAACCAGCAGGACGGGUUGAAGGAAGCUUUCGAGACCCGUUUCCCCGGCAUGACUCUGAACAUUACCGUCGACGUUUCCAAAUAUCACGACGGCAACAUUGACCGACAGUUAUCCACUGGCGGCCUUUACGUGGACAGCAUCAUUCUUCAGACCCUUCAGGACUAUCCCAGAUGGGACCAAGAGGGUGCGUUGCUCCAUUACGCGCCCUUGAACUUUGAUAACACCCAUCCCGCCUUCCGAGACAUUCGGGCUGCAUGGUACGGAGUUUCGAUUUUCGCCUGGACUUUCAUCUCCAACAACGACCGACUCUCUGAAGGUCCGCGCGAAUUCGCGGAUUUCCUCAAGCCCGAGUUCAAAGACAAGCUGGUUUUGACGUACCCCAAUGACGACGACGCGGUCCUCUACGCAUUUGAUUUGAUCAUGCAGGAGUUCGGCUACGAAUGGUUCGAGAAGCUUCUUCAGCAGAACCCGCGUUGGGUCCGUGGAACAGGAACUCCACUGACGCUGUUGAAUGCCACUAACAGCACUAUCGCUGCUACUUUCACUGCGGGCAUGGGCCUCUCGUCGUCGGAGACUUUGAAUGUCACGAUCCCCACCAAAGGAUCCUUCGUCACUUGGCCGCAGCGUGCGGCUAUCUUCAAGGAUGCUCCCCACCCAGAAAGCGCCAAGUUGCUUCAUAACUUUAUGUUGAGCUACGAACACCAAAACAGCACUGGAAGCUGGAGCGUUUUGAAGAAUGUCCCUGCUCCCGCGGGGUAUCCUGGUAUUAUGGACGUUCCUUCCACGAACCCUGUCGAAUUCGAGCGGUUCAUGGGCGAUCGAGUUCGUGUCGAAAGGCUCAAGCUCUUCUUUGAGGACAAGAUUGGAACACCUCAAGGAUUGAGCCCUCUGAUUGAUGAUCUGUAACCGGGUUUCGCUCGCGUGACCUGGGAGGAACCCAGUGUUGUUGGCCAGGCUGUCUGGUCAGGCCACACAUUCGGCCCACAGCGAAAGGCGUCAUCUUCGCGCUAUCGCGCUCUACCUUCUCUUCAUUGAA